CAAACACUAUCUUCAAUCAUUUGUUUUUAACAAAAGCCAUCAAAUAACCCAACUCUUGUUCUUCACCCACCGAUUUUCCUUUCUGUCCCCAAAAUCAAGCUUUGAUUUAUGGAAACAGGCAUGGGGUUCACCAAGUUGGUCUCUUUUGUUCUCAUACUUCAUCAUCUCCUUAAUCCAACAGUUGUUUCAUCAUCUUCUCUGAGCUCGUCAAAUGAGUUGUCUGAAAUCCCCAACAAGUUUCUGGAUUUCGCUAAAGAAAAGGAGCUUGUUGAUUGGAUGGUGGGAAUCAGGAGGAAAAUACAUGAGAAUCCUGAAUUGGGAUUUGAGGAAUUCGAGACUAGUAAGUUGAUUAGAUCAGAAUUGGAUAAACUGGGUAUUCCUUACAAUUACCCCGUUUCAAUUACUGGUGUUGUCGGCUUUGUUGGGACUGGUAAACCACCUUUUGUUGCCAUAAGGGCAGACAUGGAUGCUCUCCCUAUUCAGGAAGAGGUGAAUUGGGAGCACAAGAGUAAAAUUCCUGGAAAGAUGCAUGCUUGUGGGCAUGAUGCUCAUGUUUCAAUGGUUCUUGGUGCUGCUAAAAUAUUAAAAGAGCAUGUUGAGGAUUUGAAGGGUACGGUUGUUCUUGUUUUCCAACCAGCAGAAGAAGGCGGUGGAGGGGCAAAGAAGAUGCUAGAUGCAGGCGUGUUGGACGAUGUUGAUGCAAUCUUUGGACUGCACGUUUGGCAUGAGAAACCGAUCGGUACGGUGGCCUCCAAGCCGGGUCCUUUAUUAGCUGGAAGUGGCAUCUUCAAUGCUGUAAUAAGCGGAAGAGGAGGCCACGCAGCCAUUCCUCACCAUUCGAUAGACCCGAUUUUGGCGGCCUCGAACAUUAUUGUCAGCCUACAACAUCUUGUUUCGCGUGAAGCUGAUCCAUUGGAUUCCCAGGUGGUGACCGUUGCACAGUUUCAAGGAGGCGCAGCGUUUAACAUAAUUCCGGAUUCAGUUACAAUUGGAGGGACUUUCCGGGCUUUUUCGAAAGCGAGUUUAGUACAACUUAAGCAUCGGAUCGAGGAGGUUAUCAAAGGGCAGGCUGCCGUGCAAAGGUGCAAUGCAACCGUUGAUUUUCACGAUAAACCAGUGCCCCAUUUCCCUCCAACCGUAAAUGACGAGGACUUGCACGAGCAUUUCCGGAAAGUUGCAGGGGUUAUGCUCGGCAUCGACAAUGUUGAAGACAUGAAACCAUUGAUGGGAUCCGAGGAUUUUGCAUUUUACCAAGAGGCGAUUCCCGGAUAUUUCUUCUUCCUAGGGAUGCAAGAUGAGAGCAGCCCGAAACUCAGCUCCGUCCACACACCGAACUUCAUUAUCAAUGAAGAUGUUCUUCCUUAUGGUGCUGCUCUUCAUGCAUCAUUGGCUACAACCCAUCUCCUUAAAGCAGAGCUGAAACUUCGUUCCACAGAGGGCACUUUACAUGAUGAACUGUGAAGAUCCUUGUACUGUCUUUAAUGAUGUUAGCACUUCAAUUUUUUUAAAGAAAUAAUAUAGAAUUCAAAGUUAAAAGUUAAAUGUGAUCAUUAUAACUCUAUUUUUAUAGAAUAUGUUUCAAAAUCAUUGAA